GCGCCGACUGGCACAAGAGAAGUCAAUUUGAUGUUGCACUGCUAUCGCGGCGCCUUCGGGCCGUGGGCUGCCUUCUCUCGUCGUCGGGCGAUGCCCAUGUCGCGCACUGUUCUCCUCUCUCUUCUCGCAGUCCCCGCCUCUGCGCUACGCGACUCAGACGGGUCUGCACGUCCCUACCGCCUGCAGCGAGCGUCUCCCGUCACAAAAGCGCUACUAGCGGCCAACGUGGCUUCCUUCGCAGUCGUGCAGCGUCGGCAACGUCUCUUUCUCGCUCUGGCAAAGUCCAACGCGGCGCUCGCGCGUGGGCAGUACUAUCGGCUGGCCAGCUCUUGCCUGCUCCACGCCAACGCAGCGCACCUGUUUGUCAACUCGGCGUCGCUCCACAACAUUGGUCCUGUUGUCGAGGCCCACUUUGGAUCGACACGCUUCGCUGCCCUCUACGCCGCCUCAGGUGUCUGCGGCAACGUGCUCUCCUGGUCGCUCGGCCGCGCACCGCUCUCUGUCGGCGCCAGCGGCGCCAUCUUCGGCCUGCUUGGAGGCUGGGCCGUCUUUCUCGCCUCCAACCAGCGAGUGCUCGAGGCGCGAGGCGCGCGAAACAUCGGCGAGUCGCUCAGCUCGCUCGCCACCACCUGCGCGCUCAACGCCGCCCUCGGCCUCUCGCCCGGCUCGCGACUCGACAACUUUGGUCAUGCGGGAGGAGCGCUCGGAGGGAUGGCUUUUGGAGCGCUGUGUGGGCCACGCCUGCGCGAGGCGUGGGUGCCGCUGCGGGCUGGUGGCCCUGGGCUGGCACUCGUGGACCAGCCGCUUCUCCGUCUCCCGGGCCGGCAGCCGAGCGGGCGCCGUCGCGGCACAUCGGUGGGACGGCAGCGGCGGCGCGCAUGAACGACACGAUCGGUUGGGGGGUUGGGUAAGUUGUCGGGGUGUGGUUCACCCAUUUUCAAAGACACGAGAUCAUGCAC